AUGUAUUACUUUCAAUUGAUUGUCUUACUUGUUGCUGUUCAUAGAUUUCUAACUGGUACCGUGGCCUUCACCGCGGCCUUUGAUUCCGACCGUGACAUUGAAAGUGGCCAGAUUCUUGUCUUCAACAAGGUUCUCCUCAACUUUGGCGGCGGCUACAGCAACAAAACUGGGAUCUUCACAGCCCCCAGUAGCGGAGUUUACGUAUUUCAAAUACAUGGAUUGACCCUAAAAAGAUACGAUUUCUGGGUAGAGCUUGUUCACAAUGAUCAGUACAUUGUGUCGGCAUUCGCUCGACAAGGAAACUCCGCAACUCUGAGGUUGAAGAAAAACGACACAGUAUGUGUAAGGACACGCCGACGAUCAUAUCUCUAUGGCAGGCCUGAUGAAAUCUACACCACUUUUGUCGGCUACCGCAUUGGUCUUCUACGUGAGGGGGACAGUGAGUAA